CAUGAGCCGCGGUGGGCGUGGCCAACAAUCACACAAACACACCCGUUCUUCUCUUUGGAAGUAUUUUUUAGUUUUUAAACGUAAUUUAUUUGUCUUGGGGCGUAACAUUAAUUUACUGGAGCUCAAAAUGUCAAACCCUCUGCAACUUCUCUUCAUCGUGGUGAAGAAGACUGUGGAGCCACUUUGGGAGGAAAAUAACGGUACACGACGUUAGCUGAAGGUUAGCUUCUCAGAAACAGGUAGCUCGAGUGGACAGCUAGCUGCUGAGAGAGGGAGGCUCAGCCAUGGAGCGCGGAACUUUUUCAAAGUACUCCUGGACCGACUUCGUCUUCUCCGUGAUCGGAGUGUGCACUUUUCUCGUAGACUGGGGCUCCGAUGUUUGGGUGGCCACUGAGUUUUACUGCCGAGGAGACUUCUUCUGGUUCGGAGUCCUGGUUGGCCUCAUGGUCCUGUCGUCCGUCGUGGUCCAGAUGUUCAGCUGGUUCUGGUUCAAGUACGACCGAGAGCUGCCGGGCUUCAGCGAACACACUGGGGCGAAAAGCGUGCUCUUCGGGGACAGAGUGAAGUUGUCUUGCCUGCUGCAUGUUCUACAACUGGGCUUCCUCUUUAGACACAUCUCCGCCAUACGUCAGGGCUUUAGAGUCUGGUGGAGGAAAGAGGAAGGGUCAGAGUAUGCUGUUUACCUGACACAUGACCUGAGCAUGCUCCGUCUUAUCGAGACCUUCUGUGAGAGCGCACCUCAGCUCACCCUGAUGAUCCACGUCAUACUUCGCACCAACAAGGCCAGGACAGUUCAGUUUGUAAGUAUUGCUGCUUCAACCACCUCCAUAGCCUGGAUGGUAGUGGAUUACCACCGCUGCCUGCGUGCCUUCCUCAUAGACAAAGCCAAGCAGGGAUGGGGGUCCUCCUUAAUCUAUUUCCUGUGGAAUCUGCUGCUAAUCGCUCCACGGGUGGUGGCACUCGCCCUGUUCUCCUCUGUCCUUCCUGGAUACAUCGCCGCCCAUUUUCUGAUGCUGUGGUUCGUCUUUGUGCUGUGGGCGUGGCAACAGAGGACAAACUUCAUGGACAGCGUGUGUGGGGAGUGGCUGUACCGGUCCACCGUGGGGCUCAUCUGGUACUUCAGCUGGUUUAACGUGGCUGAGGGUCAGACCCGUGGCAGGAGCCUAAUCUACCAUUCCUUCAUGACCAUAGAUGGGGUGAUCCUGCUGGUGACCUGGUGGUGCUACAGAGACCUGGUCCAGACUGAUGCGUUCGUCCUCCCACUUCUCAUCUCUCUACCUCUCACUUACCUCCUGGGGCUGCUUUUUAAAACCCUGUACUACUGCUGUUUCCACCCUAAACUGUGGAGACCCCUGGGGAGGGAGCCUGGGCUGCCCAGUGAUCUGCCUGAUGCAGAAGUGUCCUUUAGAGACUUUUCCAUCCAGGACAGCACCCCGUCCUCUACACUUGUCAACAAACGCAUGGCCUGCCACGCCACAAAUUUUUACACAGAUCAAAGAGUCCUCCGAAACCCUCACGGCACAAACGGUGCCGAGCCCCCUCAUCUGUGAUGUCUGGCUUUUUACUGAAUGAAGCGAAGCAUCUGUUUCUCAGAUUUGUGCUGCAGUUUUUUUCUGCAGGCUUAGUGCACUAAAAUAGUUUUCCAAUGUGCACUAAAACUCUGAAGUUUUCCCAGCCAAAGUGCACUUAAGAACAUAAAUGAUUGACAAAUUAAGAUCAGACAUUAGCUGGUCUCCAACUUGUAGCUUCAUAGUCCAAUGUGCACAUAGGACAAUAUCUCCUCUGCAAAUGCGAAUAUUCCCACUAGUGCAAACAUGUCUGAAGUGAACCAUUCCCUUCUGUGGCUUCAAAGUACAGAUUCUAAAAUCGUACAGGAAACAAGAAACUUGCAAUAAUAAACUUGUAUUUACACUAAGUGUACUUUUACAUUCAAGCAUAAACAUACAGACAGUGUUUAUAUUGUAAUAAAGGGGAUUUCUGGAUACA